ACUAAACUACAUUACCCAGAAUGACUAGCGGUCGACGCAUUUAAGACGCGCAGGUCCCGUGUAAAUAAUAGAAGUCCGUUUGCUCGCCAGCGUUCAAAUUACACAGAAUUACACGUAAAUCAGAUCUUUAACAACAAAUACACGACGUCGAGGACACAUUUAUAAAACGCCUCUGGUCUAGGUUUAAUUUUUGAGAAAGUAGUCCCACGAUAGAGGCAUCCAGCUGGAUUAACACGCACAACAAGCUUCAACUAUAAGCAGUUUAAAUCCAUUCAUAAACAAACCUCUACAGUGAAAAAUACUUUAUCACAGAAAUGAGUAAACGAGAAGACGAAGGAUGUGGCCGAAAACGAAGGACAGAAGCAGGUCAGAGAUCAGAGGAUUGUAUGAACCCUAAUUCAGUUGUCAUUUCUGCAUUCAAAGUUUUCCAGCAGGAGCUUGACACCAGAUAUGAUAAAUAUGAGCGUUUGGUGAAAAUCAGUCGAGAUGUCACUAUUGAGAGCAAGCGGACCAUAUUCCUUCUGCACAGAGUGGCCAGUGUUCCAGAUGUGGAGGAGAUCCUAAAUGAGGCAGAGGUGAAGCUGGAUGGUGUGAGGCAGAAGAUCGGACAGAUCGCAGAAGAACUGAGGGGAGAAGAUUUACAUCAGUUCCACAGAGCGUUUACUCCAGGCAUUCAGGAGUACGUUGAGGCCGUUUCCUUCCAUCACUUCAUCAGACAUCGCUCUCUCAUCAGCCUGGAGGAGAUCAACGCUCGUCUGGUCUUCAUCAGAGACAAUAAUAAGGCUGUAGGCGAGGGGACGUUUUCGAGUCCUUGCGUCCUGACCUUCCAGAUCACCCCGACGGAUUACCUUCUGGGUGUAGCGGAUCUGACAGGUGAACUGAUGCGCAUGUGCAUCAGCAGCGUGGGGAACGGAGACAUGGACACACCAUUCCAGCUCAGCGGAUUCCUGCGCCAAAUCCACGACGGCUUCUCUUUAAUCGGCAACACGGGGCCCUAUGAAGUGUCCAAGAAGCUGCACACGCUCCGCCAGAGCCUGGGGAAGGUUGAGGACGCCUGCUACACCCUUCGUGUCCGUGGAUCCGAGAUCCCCAAACACAUGCUGGCGGACGUCUUCUCCAGCAGGGCGGCGCACAUCGAUCCUGACGACGCCAUGGCUUGAGAGAUGGAGAUGCUUAUUGUUUUGUGGGAGUGUUUCAGGACUCCUGUUUCUGUAUUUGAUUCAAUGCUUGCAUGUUGUUCUUUCGUGCCAUUUUUUAUGCAGUUUGCACGAUGUUUAAAGAGAUAGAAAUUAAAGAGAAAGAGAAGAGAAAUUAAAAUUCUGUCAUCAUUUAUUCACCCUUUCUGUUUCUGUUGAACACCAGUGAAGAUAUUUUGAAAAAUGUUAGAAACCAUUGGGAGUGUUUCAGGACUCCUGCUUCUGUGUUUGAUUCAAUGCCUUCAUGUUGUUGCUUCAUUCCUCGAUUUCGAGCUGCCAUUUUCAGGCAGUUUGCUCAAUUUAAAGCGAUAGUUCAGCCAAAAUGAAAAUAAUUUAUUCGCUCCUUUACUUGUUUGAGUUUCUUUCUUCACCAAAGAAGAUAUUUUAAAAAAUGUUGGAAAGCUGUGACUAUUCACUUGCAGAGUAUUUUUUCAGUCAGUGGUUUCAGCUUUCUUCAAAUUAUCAUCUUUUGUGUUCUACUGAAUAAAUAAACUUGUACUGUUAAACGAUUAAUCGCAUCCGAGAUAAAAGUUUGCGUUUACAUAAUUUAUUCAUGUGCAUAUUUUAUGUGUAUAC